AUGAACACAUCACAAUAUGAAUUUGUCUUCGAACUCGUUUUUAAUAACAAACUGGCUCUCUUGUUUGCAAUCUUGGCCCUAUAUCUUCUCAUUACAGCAACCUACUACGCCUUUAUCCAUCCACUUGCCAAAGUCCCGGGCCCAAAACUAUACGCUAUUACUCAAAUUCCCUACUUCUACCAUCUCACCCAAGGUAGCUGGUUGGAUAAGCUUGACAAGCUACACAAUCAAUACGGCCCUGUCGUGAGAUUUGCCCCUAAUGAUAUCUCUUUUAUCACUGCCGAUGCUGUCAGAAUUAUUUACGGUCAUAAGGCAAGCGGAUUUGCACCCUUCGACAAGGAUUUGCGAAUGUAUAGACAGGGCCACCCAGUCAAGGAUAUUGUAACUGCUGGCCAUGAAGAUCACAAGCGCAUACGUCGCCAUCUGGCUUACGCAUUUUCAACAAAGGCCCUCCGCGAUUACGAGAGUAUCUUAAACCAUUAUACUGAUAAAUUUAUUGCAGAGCUUUGUCAGAGGUCAGGUACCAAUAUUGACAUGGUGGCAUGGUUCAAUUAUGCUACUUUUGAUAUAAUGGGUCAUAUCUCCCUGGGCCAACCAUUCGGAUGCCUUGAUACUGGCCAUUAUCACCCAUGGAUUACACUUCUUCUUACCAGUAUCAAGUUCUUUUCCUUUAUAACAGUCAUUGCUCGUUUGGGACUCGUUCACUGGAUCCAUUGGCUGAUUCCAACAAGCCACGACAACACCUUGAAGAAUGACUUGCAGUUCGUUGACCGUGCAGCAUCAACUCGGUUUAACACCAGAAAUACGAACAACUCCGAUAUCAUGUCCCACAUUCUGAAUCAUGAUGAUGAGAAGGGCAUGACUAAGGCUGAGAUCCUUGAAAAUGCAAGCCUACUUGUUGCUGCUGGUAGCGAAACAACAGCCACGCUCCUGAGCGGCACGACAUACUAUCUACUGACGAAUCCUGAUAAGUAUAAUAUACUAGUAAAUGAGAUUCGCUCUGCAUUCAAAUCCGAGGACGAGAUUACCCUGCCUCGUAUAAAUCAGCUUCAGUAUCUACUGGCUGUCCUCAAUGAAGGCCUUCGCAUUUACCCACCGUCCGCUAGCGGUCUUGCAAGGAUCACACCAGCUGGAGGCAAGAGUAUCGAAGGUUAUUGGAUCCCUGAGAAUACUUCGGUUUCUGUCCCUCAUCGGCCUGCAUACCAAUCGCCUUUUAAUUUUAAAGACCCUCAAGAAUUUAUCCCGGAACGCUGGUUAGGCGACACGAAAUAUGCCAGUGAUAACAAGGAUGUGCUACAGCCGUUCUCUGUCGGUCCUCGAGAUUGUAUUGGCAAGAGCUUUGCAUACACUGAAACGCGAGUUUUAUUGACCCGACUGCUCUGGAAGUUUGAUCUUGAACUCUUGCCAGAAAGUAAGGACUGGAUCGUACAAAAAGUUUACUUCCUUUAUGAGAAGCCGGCCAUGCAUGUCAAAAUGACGGAAGUUGUCCGAGAGAAGCCUGUAAACAAGUUAGACUAG